AUGGCGUAUUGCUCGCACGUCCUGUUGAGAGUACCUCCAUUUACUAUUAAUCAUAAUGUGAUCGAUCUGACUUUUGGUUUUGGACUGCUGGAGAGCGGAUCUGUAACGGUUAAAAAUGAAGUUAACAUUAUGAUGAAGAAUUCUGUGGACGUAAUGUUUGGUGGGCUAACAUUCUGGAUGUUUGGUUACGGUCUGGGAUUCGGGGACGAGCCUGGGACCAACCCAUUCUGUGGGUGGGGCGAUUUCUUCGUCCACGCCAAUUCCUCUGAAUUAGGAUGGAUUUACUCUAAAUUCUUUUUCCAGUCGUCCUUUGCAACAACAGCAACAACCAUUGUAUCUGGAUCAAUGGCAGAGAGAACUCGUCUGGACGCAUACAUCGUGUUCUCCAUGCUGAACACUUUCAUUUUCUGCAUACCUGCUCACUGGACUUGGGCGCCUGGGGGUUGGCUGUACGAAUUAGGGGUAAUUGACAUCGCAGGUGCGGGACCAGUUCAUCUCGUGGGUGGUUUGACUGGUUUGGUUGCAACACUGAUGUUGAAACCGAGGCAUGGGCGAUUUUCUUCAGAUAAGAGUAAACGGCCUCCCAUGGGUUCCCCGACAAAUGCCAUUCUUGGAAUGUUCAUGCUUUGGUGGGGCUGGCUUGGUUUCAACUGUGGGAGUACAUUUGGCAUAUCUGGUCUCAAAUGGAAACUUGCAGCCAGGUCAGCUGUGACUACUGCUCUUUCAUCCGUGGCCGGGGGUAUUGUGGGAAUUAUGACCAGUUAUAUUUUUAAGAACAGAAGAUUUGACGUAGUAUACACCAUCAAUGGCAUUCUGGGUUCCCUUGUUGGGAUUACUGCUAGCUGUGCCCUUGCUAAACCUUGGGAAGCCAUGGUCAUUGGAGUUUGUGCAAGCCUGAUCACCAAUGGGGUUUGCGCUCUGCUAGAUAAACUAAAAAUAGAUGACCCUGUGGGUUGUGUUGGAACUCAUGCAGCAAGUGGUAUGUUCAGUCUUCUUGCAUCUGGGUUGCUGACCGAAAAAGAUGAACUGGCUAAUGCCCUACAGCUACAACGAGUACGCACGGGACUAGUUUACUCUGGUAAUUUAUAUCAACUUGGGAUACAAGCCGUGGCUGUAGUUUCGAUAUGUGCUUGGACAAUUAUCACAUCUUACAUAUUUCUGAAGCUGAUCCAGAUUAGUGUUGGUCUCAGAGUCACACUGGAGGAAGAAAUAAUAGGUUCUGACAUUGUAGAGCAUGCAGUAGGAGGCGUUCAUUAUGACAAAAAAACUCGGAUGAUAGUGUCAGAUAUACCCAAUCACGAAGAGCCAGACAUAAUACGUCAUCAUGAUCAACAGACCACAGUUUUACAUCGAAGACAAUCUCAUACUUAUGGAAGACGGAUGUCGUGCCAAAGUGAAGGUUGCAAUGAUAGCAUAUGCAUUUAUUUACCAGAACUCCCAGUUGUGAAAGAGAACAAAUCGAAAAGAUAUAUACUUAAGAAAUUAACUAAAAAUAUAGCAAGCAGGUGUAUUGGGAGUAAGAAACAUGUUUUGUUCAACCAUGAAAUUCACAACACAGUCAGCACCGGUGAAGGACAAGGAGAUAUAAGCGUGGUUCAACCUAAAUAUCUGCUCCCUUCGCUCCCAUUCUGUAAAGAAAAUGAAGAAUUAGAGAGAGAAAAGACCACAACUUACGUUUAAGAUGUGAACAAUUAACCAAUAACUCGGUACAUUAAUAGCAUUGUCUGCUGCAAACUAAAUAAGAUAAGAUCAUUACGUUGAGUUGUUCUAAAUAUUGUAAUAAAAUUUAAAAAUUUU